CCUACCCUUGAGGCACCACAGAGCAACAAGGAAGAGUUCAAGCCAGCAGCUCUUUCCGCUGACUUCUAAGAAAAGAAAGUGCGUUUUUUGUUACUUUUGUGAACGUUUCUUUAACUUCGGCGGCGAAAGAGAGGGUCGAAUCGUAUUUUGACGAGUUAGGGACCCUCUGUUCCCUGGCAAGUUGUGGUUGUCCGUUUCCCUUUCCGGUUGGGGUGAGCUGCAGUUGAUGACGAGCAUCCUGUUAUGGGGAAUCUCCUGAAGCUCCUAACAAAAGAAGAAAAUGAUGGCUGUGGUAGCAAAAUUGACAUUUUCUUGGAUUUUGAAAAUGCUACCCCAACAGAAUCAGAAAAAGAAGUGUUUGAUGUGGUUCACAGUGUGUUAGAUGUUGCGCCUCAAAUUCUGCAGGAGUUACAAGGUUACCAAGGGGCUGGGGAAGAAAUAAGACAAGCAAUUUCCAAUGCUCUCAAUGAAGAGCUCCAAGAGGUUGCAUGGAAAGCAGUGGUGCCACUUGUUGGAAAACUUAAGACGUUUUAUGAAUUUGCCUUAGAGCUUGAGGCUGUUCUUCCCCAGCUUCUAUAUGCUCUUUGUUCUGGACCUGAGACUCCUAUUGAACAUCUAGAACGGCAACAGGCCCUUGCAAAACAGUUUGCUGAAAUUCUUCACUUCACACUGAAAUUUGAUGACUUAAAGAUGACAAAUCCAUCUAUUCAAAAUGACUUUAGUUACUACAGAAGAACACUGAGUAGAAGGAAAAUGGCAAAUGCGGAUGAUGAUAGUGAAGGAAUUCAAGUGACCAAUGAAAUGGCAAACAGAAUGUCUUUAUUUUAUGCUUACCCCACACCACUUCUGAAAAUUCUUAGUGAUGCCACAUCAAAGUUUGUGACAGAGAACAAAAGCCUUCCUAUAGAAAAUACAACAGACUGCCUUAGCACAUUAGCAAAUUUAUGCAGAACUAUGAUAGAGAAUCCGAAUUUUUCUUCUAAAGUUGCAAACGAGGAAACACAUCUUUUUUGUCUCCGUGUUAUGGUUGGUCUUAUAAUUCUAUAUGAUCAUGUACAUCCUGUAGGAGCUUUUGCAAAAACAUCAAAUAUAGAUAUAAAAGCGUCGAUAAAAGUGUUAAAAGAUCAACCUCAAGGAACCGUAGAUGGCUUACUAAACGCUUUGAGGUAUAGCACAAAACACUUGAACGACGAAACGACGCCAAAGACCAUUAGAGGUCUCCUCGUUUAAAAAAGUCUAUAGCACAAAGAAACACAAGGUGCAUUCAACCGUUAGGAACAUUCGAUGGAAGUUCAAAUUCUACUUAUACCAUGAACUAACCAGGUAGAAUGGAAUAGACCGGGAACUUUAAAGGUUCAUGGGCACUGCUCUACUUUAUGAGGGGAUGUAACGUAAGAGUAAUUCCGACCGCUGACCUUUUUGUAAUACGUGUCUAAACAUUGCUUGAUAAUUAAAACAAAUCGGAAAGAGUAACUAUAACUAGUGAAAUUAGAGCGAAUUUCAGUUGAGUGUCGUAAAACCAAAAACCUAAUUAUUACACUGGCCAAUCAAAACGAUGGAGAAUAUCAAAGGGCCAAUGAGAAGUCAAGUUAAAACAAACAAACGUGAGUGGUCAAUUAGUGAUUUGUUCCCACGCCUUGAGAGGGUGUGGGGAUUUCUCUUGACCAAUCACUGUUUAUAGUAAGGCAAUCUAGGAUUACUUUCGACACUCGAGCGAAAAUUGCUCUUAAUUCGACAUGGAGAGCAGGGGAUGAAGAUGGAGCGACCUUUCCCUCUCUUUAGCACGACUCCAAACUCUCACAUGUGGACGCCUUUUCGAAAUCCUUGUCGCUUUUUAUGUAAGGUAGAACCAACUGGAUUUUGCAGUGCUUGUGAUGUAUUGUGACAUUCGAGUACUUAUAGAUUCUAAUGAGAUACGCUACAUGUAAAGUGUCACAAUACAUCACAGUGCCUUUUUUUUGGGUAAUAGGUCGGCAAUUUUGGAAAAAUAUGUAGCAGAGCAGUGUUUGAGAAGAAACCUUUUGACUCCCCAGUACUUUAAUAUUACAGUCCACCUCGUUCUAUUUGCAACUUCUACCAGCGUUAUCGAACCUACAAGCAUUGUGACCUAAGAAAAUUAACUCUGGGAAAUUGCCCUGAUGCAACACCAACUUCUCAGAACUAACUUAGUUUGAAAUCAGCGAAUGGAGUUAAGGAAACAGAUAUUCAAUCGAAAGUUCACUACUUUACGUAGUGGAAAAGGUGUGGUUUCUAUACUAACUUUCCGUCCUAAGUUUUUGCGUCGUGUGGGAUGACUUGAAAUGUCCAUGGUAUAAGAAAUUAGCGGUAUUUAAAAAUUGUCGCCCACAUGCCCUUUGUUUAUAACUCGUAUCGUUUGUGUAAAAAUAAAUGACAAUUGAUGAAUGGAAAGAGUUUCGGCCAUCAUUUGACUUUGUAAAUCAUCGUGGCGAGUUGUGUCUUAUUUGCGGCGUAUGAACUUUUAUUUUGACUAUUAAUUAGAGUAGCACUGUCACAGUUUUUUUAGAGGUGAUUUCGAGGAACACUAAGUUAUUAGCAACCGAACUUGAUUCUUAUGUUUGAGAUUCGUUAAAACAAAGUUAAUUUGUUCCUUUACGUCAAGAUAUGUUCUUCAGCGUAGAGGUAAUAAAGCUUAGUCUUCCUCGCUCGGAGUAUCAG